UCUGAUGUGGCUUCUAUUUUCAAGCAAUUUCUGCAGUUUAUUCAAAAUCAAUUUCAUACUUUAGUUAAAUGUGUCCAAUCUGACUGGGGUGGUGAGUAUAGAUCUUUAGUUUCCUUGUUCAACUCCCUUGGUGUUAGUUUUAGGCACCCCUGUCCCCAUACUCAUCAACAAAAUGGAAGGGCUGAAAGAAAGCACCUUCACAUUGUUGAGAUGGGACUUACUCUUCUUGCACAUGCUAAAAUGCCUCUCAAGUUUUGGUGGGAUUCUUUUCAAACUUCUGUUUACACCAUCAACAGGCUUCCCACUCCUGUCCUCAAUCACUUUUCACCUUUUCAGUCUCUUUUUAACUCUUCUCCUGAUUUUUCUUUUCUCAAACCUUUUG